GGGCAGGGCGGGUCUCGGGCAGUUUUUUUUUAGACAUGCCUACAUGUCGCCUAGGUGCUGCGCUGGUCAAGCUACAGGUGGAUUAUAAAAAAAAUGGAGAAGCCCUGUGACAAACUGACAUUCCGCCAAUCUUGCCCCUGUACUUGCCAAAUCUGGAUUCUUUUAUUAACUUCAUUUCGAUCCUCGCCAUAUUUUUCUUCAGAAGUGAUUUCUGCGUUUCCGGUGGUGCCUAAUCUUGGUGUUGAUGGAAUUCAAGAUGAAUGGACUUAAUGAAGGGAGUUUACCUGAGGAUUUGAUAAAGCUACUAUCAUCCCUCGCAACAAGCUGGGGAGAUGUUUUUGACGUAAAACGCUUGAAGGUUAUCCACUUAAGUGGAGCGAUGACUAAUCUGGUGUACCGAAUAAGCUGGCCUACAAAGACAGAAACCGUUUCCAGGAAUGUUUUGGUUCGUGUUUAUGGUGAAGGAGUUGAACUUCUGUUUAGCAGGACUGAUGAAAUUCUGACUUUUGAGUAUGUCUCUAAGAAAGGGUUUGGACCCCGCCUUCUUGGGCAAUUCCCUUGGGGACGCGUGGAAGAGUUUAUCGAUGUCAGGACACUUUCAGCCAGUGACCUCAGAGAUCCAAAUAUCUCUUCUUUAAUAGCAGUUAAAUUGAGAGAGUUUCAUAACAUUGGGAUGCCUUGUAAGAAGAAUGUUGUUCUCUGGGAUAGAUUGAGGGAUUGGCUAGGCAAGGCCAAGGGUUUAUGCUCCCAAGAAGACAGAGAGGAAUUUAAGCUUGAUGAUUGUGAAAAGGAAAUUGUCACAUUAGAGAAGGAGCUAUCAAGGAAUUCUCCAGAGAUAGGCUUCUGUCACAAUGACCUGCAAUAUGGAAACAUGAUGUUUGACGACAGGACAAGAUCCAUUACCAUAAUAGAUUAUGAGUAUUCUAGUUACAAUCCAAUUGCCUAUGACUUUGCAAACCACUUCUGUGAAAUGGCAGCAGAUUAUCACACAGACACUCCACAUGUUCUGGACUAUACAAAGUACCCUGGUCCAGAGGAGCGCCAUAGAUUUAUACACUCAUAUCUUAAUUCACCAGGCUGCUACCAAGGAAGCAUCAACUCUGAUGUGAAACAGCUAGUUGAUGAUGCAGAAAGAUACACUCUUCCUAAUCAUUUGUUCUGGGGGCUAUGGGGAAUUAUCUCGGUCUGCCUGUGUUUUCCAUAAUUUCAUCUCUCAUUUUAGGGAAAACUGUCAAAUAGGUCCUCGAACUUUUAUAAAAAUGUCAAUUAAGUCCUUCUAUAGGAGACUCUGUCCGGUCAUCGUGAUUUGGGGCGGUUCCCGGUGGAAUUUUUUGAUGAAAUUUUUUGAGCAUCUUAUUCAUCAAGUCUAGUUUACUCAUACCAAAUUUCAGCUAAAAAUUUAACCGGGAGCGCAUUCAAAUUAAUUCGAGAACGUAAAAAUGCGCAGUUAUCUUCAAGAAUUAAUUUGAAUGUGUUCCCGAUUGAAUUUAUAGUUGAAAUUUGGUAUGAGUACACUAGACUUGGUGAAUAAGAUGCUCAAAAAAUUUCAUCAAAAAAUUCCACCGGGAACUGCCCCAAAUUGCGACGGCCGGACAGAACCUCCUAUAGAAGGACUUAAUUGACCUUUUUAUGAAAGUUCGAGGACCUAUUUGACAGUUUUCCCCUCAUUUUAUUAUAGUCAAAUUUAUAUUUUAAACAUGUGGGGCUAUCAACCGCCCUUGAUGAGUUUUUUUGGUUUGCAGGGGUAUGUGAACAAUAUUGACUUUGAUUACAAGGAAUAUGCUAGGCAAAGGUUUCAUCAAUAUUGGCUAAGGAAACCUGAUUUGAUCUUCACUUAAAAAAUAUUGUAGUCUGUACAUUGCUUAAUACUUCGUACAAGGUAGGGUCAUAUGCUAUAUUGUGAUUGUCUUUCUUUGUUUGUAGCAAUAUUAUACGUAGUAGCAGAUAUUUUUUUAUUUUUACAUAGCUUUCUUUUGACACAAUAUACUCUCGUACGAUAAGGCUGGUUUGGUUUAUUUGAUAACCUCGACCAUAUAUUGUGAUUUGUGAUACGACUUUAUUUGCUUAGAUAUAGAUACUCGGA